GUUAUCCGCCCACAUCCGAGGUCCCAGAGGCGCUUGCGCCAUAGCGAGUGGCCCUGUUAUUAUUUAUGUGGGGUCCCAAAUGGCAGCAGCAAAUAGAGAGGGACUGUUGGAGCUGGUGGCGGCCGCAGCACUUAGGGAACAAUUAUAAGGGAGCCGUCACCAGCUGAAGGCAAGUUGCACCGGGUACGGAAUAAAGUAGAGGAGAAGGCAGGACGCGCGAGCACAUUUUUAAGCGGCAGCUGUGAGUGUGUGAAGAAAGAAUGGCGGAGCCGCGUAGGGUUCCGUUUGUAAGUCUGUCACCCAUGAAGCCACGCGAGACCGGGCCAGUCUUGUCUGUGGAGCAACAGAACCAGCAAACUCCACCUCCACUGCAGCCGCCGGCACAAAGGCCACCGCAGCCCAGGGCCGCGCACCAAGUCAUGUUCCAGCCGAGGCCUCCUCCGCAAGCGCUCGGGCACCGGCUGCAACGCGAGCCCUCGUCUCCUGCCCUAGAGGCCGGCAUCUGUCAUGUGCUGGACAAACCCCAGGGGGAUGACACUCACCAACUGGCCGGCACUGUGAGGCUGCAAUUGGCACUCACCGAUCCCACAGAGGAGGGCUGUGCGGAGUUCAGUUAUCCGGAUCUGCUGCAGAAAGAGCAGAAGGCAGGACGCGCACUCAUCCCCGUUACACGCAAGGAAACCGCUGGACUGUCAAAGCCUCCAGCAUCAAAUGAUCCAUUUAAUGACGAUGAGCGAGAGAGGCAAGAAGUAGAAAACUUGGCUAAGAAGUUUGAAGCCAAAUAUGGAGGGAAAAGUCAUCAUCAUCGUAAAGACCGUGUGCAAGAUCUGAUUGAUAUUGGUUAUGGCUAUGAUGAGACAGACCCCUUUAUUGACAACUCUGAGGCAUAUGAUGAAUUGGUGCCAGCUUCGUUGAAUACAAAAUAUGGAGGAUUUUAUAUCAACACCGGAACACUGCAGUUUAGGCAGGCUUCAGAUUCUGAGAAUGAAGACUUUGUUGAGAAUAAGAAGCACAAAACAUCAAAAGUAUCAAAAAUUAAAGACGGUGAACGAUCCUUGAAGAAACGAAAGAGGAAAGAGGAGAACACCGAGAAAGAAAAGCCUAAGAAAAUGAAAGCUGCUAAACAGAUAGGUGUCAUGGCCUUCAAUUCCCACAAACCUGACAAGAAGAAGAAAAAACUUUAUAAAGACUCUGUGGCCCUUGCUGCCAUGCUGCGGAAAUUUCAAAAAGAGAAGGAUGCCAUACAUAAAAAAGUAAACAAACCAAAUCCACCGACUGUAACUGUGGUAAAUACUGCUCCUAAAUUAGUCACUGCUGCUUCAAAUGAUUUGUCUGACCUUGGCCUUGGCGCUGAUCCAGUUCUUGCCAUCUUUGGCAGUGAGAGGGAGCUCAUGCAGGAAGCAGAGAGUGCUCUGGAGAUGCUAAGUGACUUUGAUUUUGAUAAGCUUUUGGAUUCUGCAUCUAAUGACAGCCCGGCAGGUUCUGGUGAGAACAGUAGAGUUGGGCAAUCCCUAAACCCAUCUGAGGUGCAGCUACCGAAACAAGUGCCACCUCUUCCUGAAGGACUUUCAGCUCCGUUGGAAAAACGUAUUGCUGAUUUACGAGUGGCUGCAAAAAGUUUUGAUGAAGGAGGUCGGAAGAAAUUUUUCACUCAAGAGAUUAACAACAUUUUAUUAGAUAUUGAACUGCAGUUACAAGAACUAAGUCCAGGCAACAGGAAUGGUGUAUAUGGACAUAUAGAGGCUUUUGUGCCAUGCAGUAAAGACACACUUGUCAAGCGCUUGAAAAAACUUCAUCUUCAUAUUCAGGACGAUCUUUUAAAAGAGCCUCUUCAACGGCUGCAACUGGCUAUUAGUGGUGUUAUGCCUGGUCAGCUAAAUCGAUAUCAAGAGGAUUGCCAAGCACACACUCAGGCCAAAAAUGCUAAACUCCAAGCCGAGGAUGAUAAGGAUCGAAACCCAUCAGAAGAGGAUGACGAAGAGAAACCUGGUAAAAGAGUAAUGGGGCCAAGAAAAAAGUUUUGCUGGGAUGACACUUUAAGAGAUUUGCUCUGUAAUCUUGUAAGAAUUAAGAUUGGAUGUUAUGAACUUGAGCCCAAUAAAAGCCUUUCAGCAGAGGAUUAUCUAAAAACUUUCAUGGAGACAGAAGUGAAACAAUUAUGGCCCAAAGGCUGGAUGCAGUCUAGGAUGCUGUUUAAAGAGAGCCGCAAAGUACACAAUCAUCUUACUUCUGCACCUGCCAAGAAAAAAGUUAUCCUGGCCCCUAAACCCAAAGUCAAGGAAUCUAGUCCAAAAAAGGAGCAAAAGACAUCCACACCUAUCUCUUCCUUGGUGCAUAUUCCUACUUCUCACACACUUACUCCAGUUGUUGGACUUUCCAGCUCCAACUGUACCCCCACCUCAGAGACCAUUUGUCUGGAUGACUCUUUGGAUGAAGAUCUUUCUUUAAAGCCACCUUCAUUAGAUUCUAUCUCUGAUGCAUUGGCUGUACUAAAUAGUGGAGCUAAUGCCCCUUCAUCAAGCUCCUGCAUUGAAACACCCACCUCAAGGCCCAGAGUUUUCUUAAGAGAAGAGAAACUUGCUUGUAUUAUGAGCAAGUUGCCAUUAGUUGGUCCUAAAAAAGCUGAUCAACCUUCACACACAUCUAGUCUAAUUGCAGGCCAUUCAGCCCCUGUACCAAAGAAACCCCAGGAUCUAGCAGCAGCCCAUUCCACGGUGGUCUCUGGGCUUAUUGCAGGGUCUUCCAUUCAAAACCCCAAAGUAUCUUUGGAACCACUACCAGCUAAGUUACUUCAACAAGGAAUGCAAAGGUCUCUGCAAGCUGAAGUUUCUUCAUCUACACCUGUAAAAGUGAAGGCUUCAUCAGCAACUCAGGCCAAAGCAGUGUGUUCUUCAUCAUCCAACCCUUCAGUAUUUGUAAUAUCAUCCUCACAGACUCAUGUUUCUUCCUCAUCAUCGCAAGUCCAGAAUGUUCCCUCCAUGCAAACAGUCAAAGUUAAUCAGCAAUCUCCAGUUCAACAAAACUAUGUUACACCCUUACAGGCAACUAUCAGCAAAUCGCACACUAACCCAGUUGUAAGACUAACCAGCAGUCCUCAGAUAUCUUCCACUUCUCCUGUUCUAAAGACCCCUGAAAAAAACACUGGCUAUCGACCUCCUUCUUCCCCCUCCUCUGGCAACCAGCACACACCUGCUCCUCGUACAACACCCUUGUCUACCUCGAGUAAUUUUUUGGUGAAAAAUAUGGGUGUCCAAGGAUCAACAUCUGCGUUUAAGUCCCCUUACACUAUAGUCCCAUCUGGUAAACCCAAUACUAGUUCUUCCAGUUCUGCUGUCCUGGUUUCCCAGAAUAUAAAUCACAAGGUGCCAAGUGGACUUAAUAUUGGGCGUUCUUCACCCACAGUAAGUCUGUUGCCUGCUGGUAGAGGUGCAGUAACAAAGCAACUAAUAAAGAGCCCAUCUCUUCCUUCUAAGGUUCCAAACUCUUCUCCCAAACUAAACCCCCCAUCUCCCAGACAACUUAGCCCUUCCUCAAAAAUGCUUGCCCAACCCCUAAAAAUACCUAGUCCUUCACCAAAAAUGCAAAGCCCUUCUCCCAAACCACCCAACCAGUCUCCAAAGCAUUCAGUUCCAUCUACAAAACCACUUAAUCCUACACCACCCGGAACUGUUAAAACUACAGUGGCCAAUGCUGUCUUGAAUAUUCCAAACAGCAGAACAAUUUCUAAUUCAAGCUCUAUAAACAGGACUAACCUUACUCCUGGUGCAGGUAAUGGAACUCUGGGUACUACCAAACAGCCAACGCCUCAUCGACAACCAUCUGCCUCAGGGUCUCCAGUUGCAGCUGCCACUGUGCAGUCUGCAGCAGCAACCUCUAUUCUUGCAAAUGCUUCACCUCUGACCCUUAUGACAUCACCGCUCCCUUUAACCAAUCCCAAUGUGACGACUGCUGCACUUGGUCCCUUUGCAAUGCUUGGCGGCUUGGUUCCAGUCACUAUGCCAUUCCAGUUUCCGUUGGAGCUGCUCGGUUUUGGAAGUGACACCCCUAGUGUGGUAACCGCUCCAGGCUCUACCUCUGCAGCUUUCCAUCACAACCUCACUCAAAAUUUACUGAAAGGCUUACAGGCCACUUCUCCGCACACACCCACGAUAUCUCACUCCAGUUUGCCUCCUCACUUGCAACAACAGUUCACAGAUGGAGGCCAAAAUAAAGGAGAUUCUAAAGUACCACGUAAAAAUCGGUGACAACUAAAACUGUGCAAGUAGAGAUCAACGGUUUGUUUUUCUGAUUGGCCAGGAGCUGCCCUAUCAGAAAGUGCUUUUCCAGCAGCACAAGCCGCCGUGUGCUGUCUAUGUUUACAUUACUCUUAUCCCAAGCACUGUGGGGAGCGGAAGAAUUACUUGAUCAAAAAGAGGAAGACUAUGGAUAAAGACCGGGCUGUGCAUGUCGGGCUAUAAGACGGUGCUACCAAUCCACAAAAGGCUUUUUUUUAUAAGGCACAAAAUGAUGGAAGCAUAUUACCCCCUCCCUUAUACAUUAAAUCCCUGGUCAAAAAGAUUCUUAUUUUUGUUGCUGAUCAUAAAGACCGUGCAAUCGAUAUUCAGAAGUUUGCAUUCCACUCUAUUUUAUGGAACGGAUUACAGCACAAGCUUAACCAUGUUCAAUUACAAAAAAAAAAAACUGAGAACAUGUUGUCCCCAUCCCUCUCUUAAAAUAUCAGGUAUUAAUGAAACGGAGCAAAAUAAGGAGUGGAGACUUAUUUUUUCAAUAAUAAUGUAAUUGUUAGAGAAAGUUAUUAUAUAUAUAUAUAUAUAUAUAUAUAUAAUUGCGCCCACCCUUGUCUGUCUUUAGUUCUUGCCAUAAUAGAUAGCUAUAUCCAAAUCAUCCAAAAAUCAUAUUUUUCAAAAGUAGCUUUUUUUAAACAUAUUAGAAAAUUCCUUUACAAAUCAUGUUUUAGUGUGGGCAUUUUAACUCCCUGCCUUGAGCAGGUAAUUUAUUAAUUCAUCCAUACGUUGAAGCAAGUGCUGCAUCGGCAGUAAAGUUAUAUGUUCACAUUGAAAUAACCAAGCUGUAAUUUGCUUAGGAAGGUUUGCACUGAUGUAACAGGAACUGCACUUGUUAGGAUUACUUACCGUGCUGGUUUAUUUUCUAUCCAGCUACACAACAGUGAAGGAAUCGUUUUAACCUUACAAGAGGAAAUUUAGGAAAAGAGAGGACUGGAAUGGUGGAUACCCUGUUCAAUUAAAUAUAGGUUUGAAAAUAGGUUUAUUUAGCUGUUACAGACCAUCUAAUAAUGAAGCUUUAUGGGUAGGGUUGCCACCUUUUCUAGAAACAAAUACCGGCCUUCCUAUAUUCUUGCCGUUUUUUCCUAUUAAUAACAUUGGCAUCAAUCGUCAUUUUUACUGGCCAGGCCGGUAAAAUACCGGCCAGGUGGCAACCCUAUUUAUGGGUCAUUUUCACUGCCUAAAUUCUUGAGAAAAAAAACUUAAAGCAACGUUUCAAUGCAAGUUACAUUCUUUCAGAUAUGUUAUUUUACAGUGUUCAGUUAAAGGAAGGAUGUUGAGGAAAGUGCAAAAUCUUCUACUGGGCUUCAGACUGGUGCUUGGAAGGUUCUCAAGUCCCAAAAAUGCUCUGCAGUGUUACUUCAGAUUCUUCUGCUGCAUUUGGAUUUUGGCUGGAGUUAUCACUUGUAAUUAAAUAUCCCAAAGGGACAUUCAAUAACACUUGCAUUUGAUGGAUUUAUGUGAAUCGGACAUUUCAGAUAAUAACAUGGAGCACAUAAGACAUCUAGGAUUGGACAUCCUCCGGGAUCUAUGAAUUUAUUUACAUUUAAAGGUUGGCUUUCUCCGUUGCCUUGCUUUAUAUGACUUGUUACUAUUAUCUGGCCAUCCUCUUUCCUUGAUUUUUGCUACCAAAAAGCAAUAAUUCUUUCUUAUCCCUCAAUAGUAUUUAUUUGUGUAGACUCAUCAUUAUCAUUGCUGAUCUUUCUCUGAUUGUGUAUCCAUAUGACAUUACAGUGGUUUUUGUUCCCCUGCAUCUCUUAUAGCCAAUCAAGCUGAACACAGUUUAAAAACUUUUAGUAAGCGUAACUGCUAUGAGCCAGUUAUCUUGCUUGGAGGGCAAUAAAGGGAUGGACUGUUUAAUAUAUUUAAAUAUAUAUAAAUAUAUAUUUAACCACCACAAUUAACACAAGAAGACCUGUAUUUCAGCUGACUAUUGGAGAAAUGCUGUGUGCAGUUGUGGACUUUGGGAAAAAAAAAAGUCAUCCUUGUUGCUGCUAUAAGUUUUACCUUUGCCGAAUUAGAAAAACCUUCAAGGUAGUUUACAUCUGUUUCACAAACUGUUGUAUUGAAUCCAAUAACCCGUUAAACUAACAUGGCGUUAGAUCAUUGGCUGGUAUCAUUUCCAAAUGGAUUCAAAAAAGGGGGGGGGGUUGUUUUUGUCUUUCACCAGACCUAGAAAUUAAUAGUAUGCUGCUUUACGCAAGACCGGAAGUAACUGUACGAAUUACAUAGAGGAGCUGGUGAAAAUUUCAAUUAGUCUUUGGUCUGUGUCUUUGACAUAAUGCAGAUGUUGUACUACUUUGUUUGUCUCCAUCCACCCUUUGAAAUUACAGAUCACUAUUUAAGUGCCUUUUAUUUCUUGUACUUUAGUUUAAAUCCUCAUAAGGGUGCCAGGUACUUUAUAACCCUGUCUUCUCCGAGGGAAUUUGGCAUUGAUUUUUCAUUACUUGUCACCAAUACUAGUGAAUGCUCUUUUUGUGAAGAGGAUCCUAAAUAAAAUUACCUGACAUUUUUUACAUGCUUUUCAAGUGAUCCAGGUAGUCUCCAAAAAAAAAAAAAAAAAGUGUCCUGUCUACUAUGUUUAUGUAAAUGUGUCAGUAAAAGAGGUGCCUUUUCUGGCAGUAGGGAUACCCAAAACACUGGCAAUCCCGUAAGUAGAAUCCCGUUGAUCGUGGAAACGCAAAGAUUUUUUUUCCUUGGGGGGGGUGCCAUUUUGAGGGCAAGAGAAAUGUGCAGAAACUUAGUAUUUAAAUAUUAAAAAUUAUUAGAACUGCA